ACUACACUUUUUUCAAUAGUUGCGGUACUUUGUUGGCUGGGUCACGUAGCCUUUUCAUAAUUGCGAUGUCGGCGUUGCAUGAUUUUCUCCGGAACUUCAAGAAAGUCCCACAAACAAUGAAAGAAAUGUUCGCUGCAAAUCCCAAAAGAUUUUCGGAAUUCAGUCAAAUUUUGAGUCUUCCUGGCGGUACUAUUCUGUUGGACUACUCAAAAAACUUAAUUGACACUCAAAGUUUUGACCAGCUUAUCAAACUGGCUAAAGAUAGUAAUGUUGAAAAAAUGCGUGAUGACAUGAUGGAAGGGCGAAAAAUUAAUUUCACGGAAGAUAGAGCUGUCCUCCAUAUAGCUCUGCGAAACCGAUCAAACGUUCCAAUUAUGGUUGAUGGGAAAGAUGUAAUGGUUCUUUUAUAUGACCAUUUAACUAGGUGAUGCCGGGAGUUAACGCAGUUCUUCAACACAUGUCUAAGUUUUGCGAUUCUGUUAGAUCUGGCGAGUGGAAAGGCUACACAGGCAAGCAAAUAACAGACGUUGUUAAUAUCGGUAUCGGUGGUUCAGACCUUGUGAGUUUCUGUUUUCUCCACACCUCACUUUUAAUUAUAAAUUUACUUGUCAAGUAAAUGUUGAGUGGUUAGUACGUGUUGCAAAAGAUUCUUUAAGAAAAUCAUUGAAUAGUUUCGUGUCGCUUCAAUCACCUUUGAUGCUGUCGGGAUUACUAUUGCUCUCAGUCGGUCCAGUUAUGGUUACAGAAUGCUUGAAACCUUAUGCAUCACAUAUUCGGGUACACUUCGUUUCAAACAUAGAUGGAACACACAUUGCGGAGACAUUAAAGAAAGUAAAUUCAGAGACAGUACUGUUUAUCAUCGCCUCCAAGACCUUUACUACCAUUGAAACGAUGACCAAUGCUAACUCUGCCAAAGAAUGGUUCUUAGGACAUGCGAAAAAUGUUUCUCACGUGGCCAAGCACUUUGUCGCCUUGUCAACUAAUGCAACAGAAGUCUGUAAAUUCGGCAUAGCGCCAGAAAACAUGUUUGAGUUUUGGGAUUGGGUUGGAGGUCGUUACUCAUUAUGGUCAGCCAUAGGUUUAUCUAUAGCUCUUUACGUAGGUAUGGAGAAUUUCAUUAAAUUAUUGGAAGGAGCUCAUGAGAUGGAUAAACAUUUCAAAGAGACGCCAUUGCAUAAAAACCUUCCCGUCAUCUUAGCUGUGUUAGGUGUUAUGUAUAUCAAUAUUUAUGGCGCAGAAACUCAAGCAAUUCUACCAUAUGAUCAAUAUAUGUCACGCUUUGCUGCAUAUUUUCAACAAGGUGAUAUGGAAUCAAAUGGGAAGUUUGUUAGACGUGAUGGCAAAGAAGUUGAUUAUUCUACUGGUCCCAUAGUUUGGGGUGAACCAGGAACAAAUGGUCAACAUGCAUUUUAUCAACUUAUCCAUCAAGGCACACGCUUAAUCCCAUGUGAUUUCUUGAUACCAGUUCAUACACACAAUCCAGUUCAAGGUGGCUUACAUCAUGAGAUUCUCCUAUCUAAUUUUUUGGCUCAAACUGAAGCUUUAAUGACUGGCAAGACAAAAGAAGAAGUUCAUAAGGAAUUGUUUGCUGCUGGAGUUACUGGUGACAUGUUAAAUUCACUUGCAUUGCAUAAAAGUUUCAAAGGUAAUCGUCCAUCCAAUUCCAUUGUGUUUACCAAAUUGACACCAUAUAUUUUGGGUGCUUUGAUUGCUAUGUAUGAACAUAAGAUAUUUGUUCAGGGAAUUAUAUGGAAUAUUAAUUCCUUUGAUCAAUGGGGUGUGGAACUGGGAAAAGUGUUAGCCAAGAAAAUUCAACCAGAAUUAACAACCAAUGAAGUGAUCACUAGUCAUGACUCUUCAACAAAUGGAUUAAUUGCAUUUAUUAAAAAUCAUCUAAAAUAAAAUCAUCUUUGCCGAACGAAGAAGAAAGGAAAGACAACCGGGCAUUAUUAAUAGAUUCAAUCGUAAUUAUAAUGACAAUUUUAGUGAAUAAAUUCAAUAUUUAUAUUUGAUUUAAUCUAUUUCUUGAUAGUUAGUAGUAACACGAUAUUGAAUUAGGAAAUUAUUUUGAUCUUGAUCUGUGGGCCAACAAUCUUCAAUCGCAUGAUUAUUGAUAUUACUAUUCGGAUCUGAAUAAUUCUUAACUUCUAGCUAUUUCGUCUUAUCUAUUUCUUUAGUGAGUAGUAUAGUCUCUUCUGUGGUUUAUUUCUGGGUUUUUUUUAUUUGCUAUACUAUAUACGUUUAAUUAAUUACAUGUGAGUGCAUGAAUAAAUUUUACUCUCAUUUAAUUUGUAUACCUUUCCCUUACUUAAUAUCAAUUUUGAUGAUGAAAUAUAGAAACUUUUAUUAAUU